GCCCUUCCACUGCCAGCGCCUGUGCACGGAGGCCCUGGCCCCCAGAACACUGUCCACACACCUAGGUGGCCCAGCACACCAUCCAUGUCUUUAUACAGCCCUGGCUGCACCUGAUGUGGUACAUCCUGAGCCCUCGGCCAGCCGGCACGUCGCACCUGUUAAACCUCGUCCUCCUUUUCCAGGAUGGGACACUGCUAGUGCCCAGUCUCCCUUUAACACCCCCCCAGCCGGCCCUGUCUGCACUUGCCCCAUGUCGCCCAACCCUUUUUCUGGAAGUCUUCUGGUCCCUGAGACUCCAGGGUCUUCCCACGGUCUAUAGAGUGCGGCUCCCUGAUGGGGUGGGGGUGAGGGUGAGGUCGCAGUACACUGGGGCCCAGGGCUUUUCCACCCCCACGCCUUUUUCCUGGAAGUCCCGCUUUGUCGCCACCUAGACGUGUCAUCGCCCCGCCCCUUUUCCCGACGCCUUAAAGGGGUCGGGUCUCCCGAGUCCUCCCAGGUGCAUGGCCAGCGGCGCUGUGACUCGCACGCCCAGUGACGGCUCUGAGGCUGCGGUGCAGGAGGCGAGGGAUCUAGGUUCGAAUCCUGGCCCUCUGGCGUGGUGUGGCCUCUUCUACUCAUAGACUGGGCCUCAGUUUUCCCCGCCUGGGAAGUGGGGACUGGCCCUGUGUCCUCGCUCUGAAGCGGACGCUCGGAAGGAAGGGAACCCGGGCACGGGGAGGGGGCAGGCCCGCACCCCGGAGGGGCCGCUUCACCUGCCGGUUUGCCGAUCCGGACCCGCCCUGCCCCUCGAUGACCGCUCGCAUCCUCGUCCUGAUGAUGCUCCUCGCCGUCUCCGCCCAAGGGGACCCGGACUCCGCGGGCAGGCGGCCCUGGCAGCAGGUCGCCCAGCACCGCGGGCGCCUAUGUUCCCUGGGCACGUGCCAGACGCACCGCCUGCCGGAGAUCAUAUACUGGCUCCGCUCUGCCUCCACCAAGGAGCCCUCCGGGAAGGCCAGCCGCAAGCCCCAGGACCCCCACGGCUACGGGCGCCGGCGGCGGCGGGAGGUGAAAGCCCUGCUCCAUCUCUGGGACUACCGCCUGCAGCAGGGGGGCCAGCGGAGUGCCCGGAUCGCUGGGUGACCUCGGACAUGUCUCCUUGCCCGGCUUCAGUUUGCCCAUCUGUGUAUUGGGGUUACUACCCCAAUUUCUCCCCCUAACCCCAUCCUCUGAGAUUGUCUUCCUCACCCUCACCCCUGGCUGUGACUGGGCUGGACCCAGGGGCACACCGCACCCAGCCUGGACAAAGAAUACUGGCGUCCCGAGGCGAAUAAAGCAAGAGUUGUGCGUUUCA